AUGAGCCAAAGAAUAAGCUUUGAAAGCUCCCAGGAGAUAGGAACAUUCGUAAGAUUAACUAAUAUGUAUGCGCUGGUAGCCGCAACCGACAACACAUCUUUUGUGUCCGCUUUUGAAGAGGCACUUAAUAUUCCUGUGAUACAAACAACAAUUAACGGCAUAAGAAUGACUGGUACACAGUCUAUUGGUAACUCAAGAGGUCUUUUGGUCUCUUCUAGUACAACAGACCAAGAAUUACAGCACAUUAGAAACUCUCUUCCAGACAAGAUAAGAGUGCGAAGAAUAGAGGAAAGACUGAACGCUUUAGGAAAUAUAAUACUUGCAAAUGACAACUCUGCUUUGAUACAUCCAGACGUUUCGCCAGAAACUGUUGAGCUGGUUAGUGAUGUAUUGGGAGUAGAUCUGUUUAAGUACGCCUUGGCAGAGAAUGGGUUAGUUGGCUCUUAUGCUGUAAUGAAUAAUACUUCUAUGCUUGUGAGUAGUAAGACUACUCCAGAGGAGGUUUCUGAACUGUCUGACUUAUUGAAUGUAAAAGUGCUCCCAGGAACUGUUAAUAAGGGAUCUGAUGUGAUUGGAUCUGGAGUGCUGAUAAACGACUUUGCAUGCUUUGUUGGAUCUAAGACCACAAGCACUGAAAUAGUUGUGAUCGAUGGACUAUUUAAGACCACACCAACUGCAGUGCUGGGAGAUGAUGAGAAGAGAGCAUGGAUUGAUGCACUGCACACAUAAAUAGAACAAGUAAUAAAUCAAAGUAUUA